UUAAGAAAAUGAAUGCAAACAGACAACACACAAUCAAUUAAGAAAACAUCUUCACCAAGUUGACAAUGCAUGCACAGCAUGUAGCUGAAUGGAACAAAGAGGAGGAAGAAAAUGAUCAUUUGCAAAAAUAUGGACAAAUGGAAAUAAGAGAGAAGAAUAUAUCUGAGGGGGAGGAGAGUGAAGACAGCGGUGCUAUGGGGAACAGAGUUACAGCCCAACAGAUUACAUGUUGUAGGAGGAGUCAGAGGGCCUGAACAUCCAACAGGAUAUAAGUCACCAUGUAACAUCAGCAACAUCAGACUGGAAGCUCCAGUUCAAAGUCAAGAAGAUUCACAUAGAAAUCAGAUGAUCUACACAACUGCACCAGGUCGGAGACAUGGCUUCAGAUUACAAGACAAUUGCAGCUCUGGGUCGACCUUUCACCUUAGGGAUGCUGUAUGAUGCUCAGAGAAAUAAACUGAUCCCAGGCACCACAUUGUGGGAUGAUAAAACUCUACGAGAAAAAACAUGUGAGAUCCCUCAGCUCGGCAGUGAAUUUCAAAUUACUUCAUCUGAUUCUGCUGAGGACAAGUCUAACUCUUUGGGUGUUGAGGCAUCUCUUGGUGUCAGUUUCUUGUUUGGACUGGUUGAUGUUUCAGGAUCUGCCAAGUAUCUGUAUGAUUAUAAAACAUUCAAGAAUCAGAGCAGAGUAAUACUUCAGUACAAAGCUACCACUCACUACAAACAAUUGUCAAUGACUCCAGAUGAAAUCAAUAACAUCCAACUACCAGAAGUUAUUGAGACAGGCUUGGCAACCCAUGUUGUAGUAGGCAUCCUUUAUGGGGCAAAUGCUUUCUUUGUGUUUGACAGUGAGAGGUUAGACUCUGACAGUGUUCAUGACUACCAUGGAAAGAUGGGAGCUGUGAUCAGGAAGAUUCCUACAUGUAGUGUUCAUGGGGAAGUUGGCGUCAAUCUGACUCCAGAAGAAAAAAGCCUGACAGAAAAAUUCUCUUGCAAAUUCUAUGGAGACAUUCUUCUCCAACACAAUCCCACAACAUUUCAGGAGGCAGUGAGUGCCUAUGCAAAACUUCCACAGUUGUUUCACAGCAAUGUAGACAAUGCUGUUCCACUGAGGGUCUGGCUGAUGCCUCUGACAAAUCUUGAUUCCAAAGCUCCAAAGCUGAAUUGUGAGAUCACUGUUGGAGUGUUAAGAAAAGCUCAAGAAGCUGUAGAAGAUCUGAGGCAGAUGGAAAUGAGAUGCAAUGAUUUUCUGGAAGACAGAGUGGUAGGGAAUUGUCCACCCAUUCAGAAAGAAUUGAAGUGUUUUCAAAAAACAUGCACUUAUUACCAAUCUAAACUCCAGAAGAUGUUGGAAGAUAACCUUCUGGGACACACUGGAGAAGGUAAAGAAGCUGAGGAACUACUCUUUGAAAACAGAGAAAAGUCACCAUUCAGUCACGAAAAGUUAAGCAAAUGGCUGAAUAAUAAAGAGAGAGAGAUCAAUAUCAUCAAGUCCUGUGUAGAGAUGAUGGAGGGGGAAAAAAUGGAGAUAGAGACAAAGAUAAAGAUGGUCCCAAAUCAGUCAGCACUGGAUAGAGAGGUUCUUGCACCAGGUGUAGAUCAUGUUCUUUGCUAUGUUUUCACCUCUCUGGAAAGUAAUGAUCGCUACCUUAAGGAGUUGGCUGAGUACACUGAUGCAUUUAAAUUGUGUGAAUUAAAAUCCAUAAAUGCAUUCCCGUUAGUAGAAAAUACAUGUGCCAUGUCAUACACACCCGAGUGGUACUUCACAGACAACGUAAUCACCAAAAUGAGAGAGAAGGCCAGAGCUUUCCAUGGCCUCGCCAAGGCACUGAAGAACAACAGCAGAUUCAGUUUCUGUGUAGCAGCCAUAGCAAAUAAAGACCACCGAGGAGCAACCAUCUACCACUACAAAGAUGGCAUUCUGGUCACUGAUCAUUUUUCGGCCCCUGAGAUCAGUGAUCCGGAGAGUAUCAACGACAGAAAUGCUCUCAUCUGGUAUACCUGUGAGCUCACCUUGAACCCAGACACAGUCAACGGUUACCUCACUCUUUCUGAUGACAACAAGGAGGUGACACAUGGAGAUUGGCAGAAAUAUUCUGAUCUCCCAGAAAGGUUUGAUAAAUGUCUUCAGGUGCUGUGCAAAGAAGGGCUGACUGGGCGCCAUUACUGGGAGAUAGAGUGGAGUGGUGGUUAUGAUGCUGUGGUCGGUGUAGCUGUUACAUACAAAGGAAUCUGCAGGAAAGGAGACAAUGCACUAAGCAAUUUUGAAAAAAAUUCUACAUCCUGGUUCUUUGGCAAAAAUGACAAAGAAUUCACAGUGUCAGACACUCUGAAGAAUGACCAGAGUAUCCCUUUACCCCCUGCUGGCUGCAAACGACUUGGGGUGUAUCUGGACUGGCCUGAAGGCACUCUGUCCUUUUACAAUGUCACCUAUAAAACGCUGAGUCACCUCUACACUGUCAGAAACCUCAACUUCUCUGAGCCUGUUCACCCAGGGUUCAUGGUUAAGAACCAUGCAUAUGUGAAGCUCUGUUCAGUUGAAAUAUGAACUAUGAAUAAUCCUAGACCCAGCUGUAAACAGCUGUAUCCAUAUGUUUAAAGACAUGUGGUCUAUUGGUGUAUGAUACAAAUCAUAAUUGUGAACAAACUGUCUCUUUAAAAAGCACUGUAUUGAACCUUAGAGCUGUAUGUUAAACAGAAUUUACUGGUAAUCAAAAAAGGGAAAGGGAUUUUUAGUGUUAGAUUUUAUUUGUAAAGCCAGGGAGAGGAGAGGAGGAGAGGAGAGGUUUUUUUUUUUUUUUUUUUUUUUUUUGAAUGUAAAGUUUUGUAUAAUAUCCUAUUUUCUUCCCUAACAAGUGUUGUUUUAUCUCCUCAAUGGAGGUUUGAGGUUAUAUAUCUUUUUUUUUUUUUUUUUUUUUUUUUUAGGGCUGGCUUUGUAGCCAUUUGAGUUUGUGACAUUAACUUAGCAGUCAAUUUCUUGUUAUUAAUUUACAGUGUAAGGGUAGAUUACAGAAUUGUUCUUUAUAUUGUUUUUCAAUAAUAUUACUGACAUUAACAGGUUUUUAACAGGUGAUUCUGGCCUUCUGCAAUGUUCUCUUUUGUUGUGCCUUUUUUUUUUCUUUUUAAGUAAGUAUUGUGGAAUACAUUCAUUUGCUGUGAUGUUCUGAGGAGAGAGGCACUGUUGAAAGCUGAUGUAUAUCAGCCUGAAGCUCCUCUGUUUUGAAUGGUCUGCAAAUGCUGCUAAUAUUCAAUAAAAUGGAGACCUGA